AUGAAAACUGAAGCGUUCAAGGCACCGCUUUUGAGACAUCAUAAUGCAUCAGCAUAUGGAUACAACUUUUUGCUGCUUAAAUGCAUGUAUAGAGAAGCUGCUCAGCCAGCCAUUGUUGGAAAUGCUAAUUGUGCCCCAAUUCUUGAUAGACUGGAUGCAAUCACCCUUCCAAAAACACGGGCUCUGAUCUAUACCUGUCAAAUUAAGGUUCUCUCAAUGGCUCUGUACACUCGCUACUGCAAUUAUGGCUGA